AUGGCGAAAAAAGAAACCAAACACACGCCGCUGACAAAACUCAAGUUCCAGGACCCCAUCUUCGGCAUCUCGUUCCACCCGGAACAACCGCGGUUCGUCGUGGGCUCGUCCACAGGAACAGUGACGGCAUACAAGUACAGCGUGGACCCACAAUCCGCUACCUGUGGAGCCCCCGAGGUGGUGUGGACCACCAAGAGACACAAGGGUAGCUGCCGGGCGCUCAUCUACUCGGAGGACGGCUCAUCUGUCUACUCCGUGGGCUCUGACGGAGUAAUCAAACGAGCCGAUUCCCAGUCAGGCAAAGUGCGAGCCAAGAACACAGAGUCCCUGCCCUCCACGCCGUCGUGCAUCGUGCGAUCCGAGGCGUACGUGGCGGUUGGAUGCGAAGACGGCUCGAUUGUAGCGUUCGACAAGACCAGUCUGGCAGAGAAACACCGGGCCGAGGGAGCCCAUGACGGAGAGUGUGUCAACGCUCUGCUUGAGCUGACUCAUCAGAACAAACACUCGUUUGCAUCGCUCGGCUCAACUACCGCCUGUGUGGUCGACGUGCGGAAGGGCGUCAAAUCCACCUCCGACGACCAGGAAGACGAGAUUCUGUGCGGAACCAUGGCGGCCAAAGACAUGGGAGUGUGUGGCAUGUCCCAGGGACAGAUCACAACGUGGACCCUGGGAUUCAACGACCAGCAGAACCGAGUCAAGCUGUCAGAGGAGUCCAUUGACGCUGUUAUCGGCGCGGAAGACGACUACGAGGUGUACGCUGGAGGAGGAGAGGGAAUCGUGUGGCUGGCCAACGUCAAAUCAGGCAAGAAACUCGAUCAGUUUGUGCACUCGCGCAACGACGAGGUUUCGUUUCUUGACCUGGAUUACCAGUACCGGCUCGUCACGGCUUCCAUGAACUCGCUCAAACUGUGGCCCACGGCUGACGACGAGCAGAAACAGGCCGAGGUGGCUGCCGCAAAGGGAGCCGAGGAGGAACAGAAAGCUGCGCCGUCUGGACCGCCCCGAAAGAAGCACAAAAAGGUCAAGAACAAGGCCCAUAACCCCGGAGUUGCCCAUUUUGGAGAUCUCUAA